AAAACGUUCUUUUUAAAUGGUUCCUUAUUUUUCAGUGUAAUAAGUCGUGAUAACAUGGGUUUUAAAUUAAGAACAAUAUGACUUAACAGUUUUAGAUAAUUAAAAUAACUGAAAAAGAACUGGAGGAAAAAUUACCUACGCAUCAACUUAGUUGAAUAGUGACUUAGUGACUAAAUAUCAUUUUUAACACGUUCAAAAUGUUUAAAAAAAUAUUUUGUACUGAAUAAACGACCGAAUCAGCAGAAAUAGUGCCAAUUUUUGGAUUUAAAAAUCGAAUUUAUUAUAAGUUAUGACAAUUUAUAAAAAAGAACUGUGUGACUAUUCACAUUUUAUCUCAAAUUUGUCUGGCUACUUAUAAAGUUAUUUUAGGAAUGUAGUUUAGCAAUGGAUUUCUACUUUUUGCCACUGUUCAAUACAUUUUCUGGCUAAUAAGUUUUGUUUGAGAAACAAAAUCAUUUAAAAAGAGUUGGCGAGUUGUUUAAGGGACCGACGGCGAAACAAAAGUAAAUCAAAAUGGCGGAGGCGAGUAACGGAUCUCCGGUGGCGGAACAAGAAACUUCUCCGGGAGCGGCAGGCCCACCGUCGUCGUCGUUAAGCAUUGCACUAACGGAAGACAUGAGCAUACACUUGUCACCAAGAGAUUCGCCCAAAGGCGGUGGGUUAUCACCAAAGGCAACCAAGCCAGUGAGCAAGACAACAGCUGGUACACGAGGAGGAAAGGCACAAUCUUCAAAAACGGUUAAGCUGACUAGUGGUUCGAAGAAAUCAUUUCGUAAAGAAAAAGAGCAGUCAAAACUAAGUCCAUCCUCUGAUGAACCUAAAGAAAAAUGCGAUAUGUGCGACGAAUAUAAGGUCAUGCAGACCCGUUGUUUAAAUUGCCACGCAAGUAUGUGUGGGUCUUGCACUGAGCAUCACAAAAAGAUGAAAAUAUCAUGUGACCAUGAAACACAGAGCUGGGAUAAGUUUGUCCCUUCUGCGGGACAAAUGAUAAAAUAUCAAAUACAUUCGAAUAAACCAAACUGUAAGACCCACAGAGACGAGAAGCUUCAAUUAUACUGCAGGCAAUGCCUUAUACCUCUGUGCAUUGCAUGCAAGCUUACUAAACACGAAGGCCAUAAAACGCGCGAUUUGAACGAAGAAAUAUCCGAACAAAGGGACAAUUUGCCGUUUAAACUCAGCCAAAUACGAGCCAGCUUUCUACCACUCCUCAAACAGCAAAUAAAGGAACUAGAAGAACAGAAUAAACAGGUCGCUAUAAAUGUCAAAGGAACGGUUGAAAGCGUCGAGAAAAGGUCCCGAAUUAUGAAAGAAGAAAUCGAUAAGACUAGUAACAGAUUGCUAGAAAGUCUGAAACAAAAAGAGAAGACCGAGACCACCAAAUUGGAACAAAGAAAACAAACACUUGCCGGAUAUGUGCGAAAUGCCACAACUGCAUUGACGUCUGGUGAAAGAAUUGCUCAGCACGGUAAUGAUUUUGAGGUGAUGGAAUUAUAUCAGAAUAUUAUCCGUUUAUCGAAGCAAAUACAGGAGUUGACAAAGAAGAGGGCACCUAGGACGCGAUUAACUUUUUCUGAUGGCUCAAUGACGUCAGCACAGCUACAGAGCAUGUUUGGGAUAUACAUGGAAAAUGGACCAAAGCUGGAAACACUGGCUUCUCCCAGAGCCAAACAAAGUAAACAAAAAGUGAUCAGGGGGAUUCCAACGUUACAGGUUGUUCCAGAAGUACACGCAAGACUACUAAAGACGUUUAUAUGUAAGAUGGUAGCCGGUAAUAAAGUGAGCGCUAUUGCACCUAUCAAUGAUUCGGAGGCUUGGAUAUGCUUCGGAUGGACAACAACUGAAAUAUAUCUCUACAAUAAAGAUGGCUAUCGGCGGAACCGGAUUGUCUUCAAACAGCCUGUAGAUGAUAUUGCGAUUGAUGGCGAUGGCAACUUACUUGUAUCGACAUUUACCGGAAGCGUCGUACGUAUAGUAGAUAAGAAACUUCAAGUUCGGGACUUCUUUCAAUGUCCUUUACGUUGUCGCGGUCUCGAUGUGUCAGCUGCUGGGGAAAUUAUCGUCUGCGGAGUGGACAUGUGCACUGCAAUACCAUCUCCAAAUAAAUGUACAAUUUUCAAAUUUACUGCGCGCGGGAACAAGACCGGCCAUCUUGACGGGGAUAGGACUAAACGCAUACCCAUUCAUCCAUAUCGCGUUGCGGAAAAUAUCGAUGGUUCCAUUGCUGUUUCUGAUUGGAUAAGCGACAAAGAAGGGCGUGUCGUAGUUUUCUCACAUGACGGCAAAGUACGCAUGGUCUAUUACGGACUGAACGAUGUGAAAGGAAAUUUCCUUCCGUACGGGAUAUGUACAGAUAAGUUUGGUCACAUCAUUGUUGGUGAUAUUGCCAACCAAGAAGUGCAUCUACUCGACAUAAAAGGUCACUUUCUGAAAGUCCUGAUAACCAAGGAAGAGCUGGACAAUGAGAGGCCGUAUUCUGUGGCUGUGGACCAUAUGGGGACAUUGUGGAUUGGCAACGAGAGGGCGCAGAUUAAGAUCUUUCGUUACUUGCUUCAUCAAUCUCAUAUAGUAGGACCAUAUAUCGCUAAUGCAGAUGCCCGUUGGGAUAUGGAUCCGCAUAGAUCACCAAGGGACCACGGCACACCAAGAGAACACGGUCAUAUGAGGUAUCAGGAAUAUCCGGCGCGAACCGUGAAUCAUUGGAAAAGAGAUGAGCCAAGAAGGCCAAAUGUUCGAACUUACAAAGACGUUCCAGACUACUGGAAGUGGAAACAUGAGCGAUACUAAAAGAUAAUUUUGCGAAAACAAUAUUAGAAGAGACCAUCCUUUUAAUACUAUAAUUUUGUAGCUAUACGAGUAAAUAGCUCUAUCUAACAAUUUAAACGAAAAACUGACUUUUAAAGACAAACAGCAUAGCUGUAAAAUCAAUUGGGUGUAAAUAUGAAAAACUGUUACAGAAAUGUUUCCCUUUUCAAUAAAUCUGUUAUUAAUUGAUAUCGAUAGCAAAUCAUCUGCCUACAAAAUGCCGCCAAAUACCAAUUAAACAAACCUUGUUUUCUUUAAUUCUAAUACCCAUGCGCCUAUUGUACAUAUACAGUAUUUAUUUUUGAAUUUUUCGCUAAAAAUGAUGAAUGACAUUGUCUCCAGA